AUGAGACAUUGGAAAUAUACUUUACUUCUGCAGCUUGGAGUAGACACUGUUCCAGUUCUUGUUGGCCCUGUGUCGUACUUGUUGCUCUCUAAACCUGCAAAGGGCGUCGACAAGACCUUCUCCCUUCUCUCCCUUCUUGACAACAUCCUUCCCGUCUACAAGGAGGUUAUUUCUGACCUCAAAGCGGCAGGCGCUACUUGGAUUCAGUUUGAUGAGCCUACCCUGGUGCGGGAUCUUGACUCACACCAAUUGCAAGCCUUCUCAAAUGCAUAUGCUGGACUAGAAUCAACUCUCUCUGGCUUGAAUGUUCUUGUUGAGACAUAUUUUGCUGAUGUCCCUGCUGAGGCAUACAAGACCCUUACUUCUUUGAAGGGUGUCACUGCCUAUGGAUUUGACUUGGUUCGUGGUGAUAAGACACUUGGUUUGAUUAAGGGUGAUUUCCCCAAGGGGAAGUUCCUUUUUGCUGGAGUAGUUGAUGGAAGGAACAUUUGGGCUAAUGAUCUUGCUGCCUCAGUUAGUACAUUGGAGGAACUGGCUACCCUUGUGGGUAAAGAUAAGCUUGUUGUCUCCACCUCCUGCUCACUUCUUCACACUGCUGUGGACCUUGUCAAUGAAACCAAGUUGGACAAUGAAAUCAAAUCAUGGCUAGCUUUCGCUGCUCAAAAGAUUGUUGAAGUCAAUGCAUUGGCAAAGGCUUUGGCUGGUGCAAAGGACGAGUCAUUCUUUGGCGCUAACGCUGCAGCUCAUGCUUCAAGGAAGUCGUCCCCAAGGGUGACCAAUGAGGCUGUUCAGAAAGCGGCUGCUGCUUUGAAGGGCUCCGAUCACCGCCGUGCUACAAAUGUUAGUGCAAGACUUGAUGCUCAACAGAAGAAGCUUAAUCUUCCAAUCCUUCCAACCACCACCAUCGGUUCCUUCCCCCAAACCAUUGAGCUCAGGAGGGUCCGUCGUGAAUACAAAGCUAACAAGAUUUCCGAGGAUGAAUAUGUGAAGGCUAUUAAGGAGGAAAUUAGUAAGGUUGUCAAACUCCAAGAAGAGCUUGACAUUGAUGUUCUAGUUCAUGGAGAGCCCGAGAGGAACGAUAUGGUUGAAUACUUUGGGGAGCAGUUGUCAGGUUUUGCAUUCACCGUCAAUGGUUGGGUGCAAUCAUAUGGAUCCCGUUGCGUGAAACCUCCAAUCAUCUACGGUGAUGUGAGCCGCCCGAAAGCCAUGACUGUCUUCUGGUCUACCGCAGCUCAGAGUAUGACAGCCCGCCCGAUGAAGGGAAUGCUCACGGGCCCUGUCACAAUUCUCAACUGGUCCUUUGUUAGAGUUGACCAGCCAAGGUUUGAAACAUGCUAUCAAAUUGCCCUGGCCAUCAAGGACGAGGUUGAGGAUCUCGAGAAGGCAGGCAUUAAUGUCAUCCAAAUCGAUGAAGCUGCUUUAAGAGAAGGAUUGCCUCUUAGGAAGUCUGAGGAAGCUUUCUACUUGGAUUGGGCAGUUCAUUCUUUCCGUAUCACAAACUGUGGUGUCAAAGACACGACUCAGAUUCACACUCACAUGUGCUACUCCAACUUCAAUGACAUCAUCCAAUCCAUCAUUGAUAUGGAUGCCGACGUGAUCACAAUUGAGAACUCCCGUUCCGACGAGAAGCUCUUGUCAGUCUUCCGUGAGGGAGUGAAGUAUGGUGCUGGAAUUGGCCCCGGUGUAUACGACAUUCACUCCCCCAGAAUACCAUCAACUGAAGAGAUUGCUGACCGGAUCAACAAGAUGCUUGCAGUGCUUGAGACCAAUAUCUUAUGGGUCAAUCCUGACUGUGGUCUCAAAACUCGCAAGUACGCCGAGGUGAAUCCUGCCCUCAAGAACAUGGUUGCUGCCGCAAAGCUCCUCCGAACUCAGCUUGCCGGUGCCAAGUGAGUCUGUUGCUGAGUUUUAUGAACAUUGGUGCACAUUUUUAUCUUGUCUUCAUUCCAGAUAUCCAGAAAGAUGUCUGUUCCCCAGAAAUUGAGUUGGCGACAUACUUAGUAGCUGUAGUUCUAUCGUCAUUUUUUUUUAACGGAAAUUUCCUUUCGGUAUUGUUUUUUGAUUCGAGUCUGUAGCUCUGUUCAUACAAACUGCAAUUUGUAUGGAGCGAAAUUAAAAGGCAGCAUUUGCCGGUUUGUGUAAUUGUUAUCGGAUUUUGUUUUCUAUAAUCAUAUGGAUUUAAUGCCUACACAAUGGUCUGUGUUUCAAUCGCAA